AUGCCGCUCGAUAGCGGAGAAAGAGCCCCGCCAAGGCUAGAGCCAAACUCAACUCUAUGGCAGAGCUGGCUUGCUGAAUCUGCCGACAACGACCACGCCCAACGCACGAUGGCUUCUCCCACCACCGUCCUUCAUUUCGUCACUGGCAAUGCCAACAAGCUGGCCGAGGUCCGCGCCAUUCUAGAGCAGCCCGCGUCGUCGUCAUCGUCGUCGUCUGUGCCGCUUCCCAUCACGGUGACCUCGCGCAGCAUCGACCUGCUCGAGAUUCAGGCAGCCUCCAAGGAGGAGGUCACGCUGGACAAGUGUCGCCGUGCCGUCGAGAUAAUUCAAGGCCCCGUCCUCGUCGAAGACACCUGCCUGUGCUUCAAUGCCCUCAACGGACUGCCGGGACCGUAUAUAAAAUGGUUCAUGACAAGUCUCGGCCACGACGGGCUUAACAAGCUGCUGGCCGGCCACGAAGACAAGUCUGCCCAGGCCGUGUGCACUUUUGCGCUGAGCAAGGGCCCUGGCCACGAACCCAUGCUCUUCCAGGGCGUCACCGAUGGCAAGAUUGUCCCGGCUCGCGGCCCAGCCAACUUCGGUUGGGAUCCAAUCUUUGAGUACGAGGGAAAGACCUACGCCGAGAUGGACAAGGAACAAAAGAAUACCAUCUCCCAUCGUUACAAGGCUCUGCAGAAGCUGCGCGAGUAUCUCGCUGCUGAGAUGGCCUAG